UGCCAAAGACAGACAAUAUGCUGCCUGCUGUUGUAAAGCUCUGCUGUGGCAUCUCCUACCCACAUCUGAGGAGUCUUGCAGGACUUCAACGCACAGCUGUGGCAGUGAUAGGCCAGGAGCUCACACACCUGCAGAGAUGGGGAGAGGUCCAACAUCUCAUGAGAACGCAUGCUGGAUUAAAUUAUAAUGAGCCCAAACCCGAAGGUGUAAAGCCUGUGCCUUUGAAAGAUCAGCUCUUCUUUGUACAAGAAGGCCAACAAGCAAUGAGGAAGGCACUGAGUAUGUUGGAAGACACACAAGGAUGGAAGGUCGAGAUCACAGAGAGUGAGGGGGAUGUGAUCUGCAGCAAAGUGAUGCCAGGUGUUGGGAAGGUCUUCAGGCUGGAGGCGGUCCUUGAGGCUAAUGUGGAUGAGCUCUAUGACCUUCUGUUUGUCCGAGUGGAGGAGAUGCACGAGUGGAACCCGAGCAUACAGCAAAUCAAAGUUCUGCAGCGCGUUGGACCCGAAACUAUCAUCACACACGAGGUUUCAGCCGAGACAGCGAUUGGCCAAAGGGAUUUUCUGAGUGUCAGACACAGUUUUAAACAGAAGUCCAGCGUUUAUCUCGGAGGAAAAGCGAUCCAGCUGGACACCUUCCCACCUCAGGCGGGCUUUGUGAGAGCCGAGGAUGGACCAACCUGCAUCAUCAUUCAGGCUCUGGACGACGACCAAGGAAAAAGCCGCUUUACAUGGCUUCUAAAUAUGGAUGUAAAGGGCUGGCUGCCAAAGUCUAUUGUCAAUCAGGCGUUGCCCAGAAGACAGCUGGAUUUCACCAGACACCUCCGCAGACGUCUCACAGCGAGCGCCACCCUGGGCUAACUGAGUCUGUGUGACACUCACACUGCAGCAGCACCUCUGUCAUCACUCACAGGGGAAGAGACCGGGAGAUGGAGGUACGGUGACAGACUGGCUGCUCGGCUGUUGGCCGCCCUUUCAAGAAGGCAGAGACGCUGCCUGGAGGAGAGCCUCAGCUCCACAGCUGGCAGACACCAGUGACAGCAGCCCGGUGCCGGCCUGGCAAAAAAAGCUGGCUCAUAAUAGGAAUUAAUGUCACAGUGUGCCAUUUAAACCUCAAGACUAGGAGCCAUCACUUGUCUGUUGACACAUGACUUACUGCAUGUGACUGGACAAAAUAAAUA